AACUGGUUUUAUACCUAGCUCUGUAUUUCUGAAGUAGAUGGGUAUAUUCGGUCUGGGCUUACAGAUCUUAUGCUUUAAAUCAUAGGCCCUGGGGCUUAUCAGUGGCAUAGUCAGUCAAGUGUCUGACUCUUGGUCUUGGCCAGAUUGUGAUCUCAGGGUCCUGAGAUGGAGCCCCAGGUUGGGCUCUGAGCUCAUUGUGGAGUCGGCUUGAGACUCUCUCUCCCUCUGCUGCUCCCCCCCAACUCGUGCUCUCUCAAAAUAAAUAAAUUAAAAACAGAAACAAAAACAAAUCACAGGCCCUAGAAGAACCCAGUUUCAACUAAUAGAUUCAGAAAAAUUGUAAAACUCAGUGAAUUAUAUGUGAAACGUUUUUAAGCAGGCUGCCAGUUAAAGGCAAAGAACCCGUUCAUAAAGAGCUUAGCUGGCUAGAUUAGAAUAAAGAAAUUGUCUCUCCCCAUCUGUUCUAAUUAGCUUAUCUCUUCCGCUUUCAUAGCUGUGCUGGAUUUCAGGAAAGAAGUGAGAGGUAUUUUGAAAGGACACCAUUUUUAUUUAAGCUAAUUUAUAAUGGUUUGGGAAUGCUUGUCUGUUCUCAAACAUAAACUCUUAAAUGUUAGACCUUUCCUAUAAUAAUUUGUUACUGGAAGUUUCAAGCCUUUUGGGUUGUUCAAGUUAAGGAUUUUGGCUUCUCCUCAUUCCUUUGAUUGUGGCCCAAAUGAUUAUGUUUCCUCAUUUUGGGAAGAUUUCUCUGGGUAUUUUGAUAUUUGUCGUGAUAGAAGGAAACCUUACAUCAUUAACAGCACAAACCUACAUGUCUUUAGAAGAUAUCCAAGAACCCAACAGUGCAGUUUCUUUUCUUUUGACUGACUCAGAAUCCACGGACACUUCUCUUUCUACUGAAAAGAAACUACCUCUGGACCACAGAGAAACUGAGAAACAGUGGCUACUUAGAAGAAGGCGGUCUAUUUUAUUUCCUAAUGGUGUGAAAACCUGUCCAGGUGAAAGUGUUACAGAGGCUGUGGCAAACCAUGUAAAAUAUUUCAAAGUACGAGUGUGUCAGGAAGCUGUCUGGGAAGCCUUCAGGACAUUUUGGGAUCGGCUUCCUGGGCGUGAGGAAUAUCGUUACUGGAUGAAUUUGUGUGAAGAUGGAAUUACAACUAUAUUUGACAUGGGCACAAAUUUUAGUCAGUCUGUGGAACAUAGAAGUUUAAUUAUGAAGAAACUGACAGAUACAAAGGAAACUGUAAGCAGCCCUGAAAUGUCAUCUCCUGUUGGUGAUACCUCAACAUCGGGAGGUGCCGUUCUCAACAUUCCAUAUCCAGGGGUGACUUCCUAUGAAGGUACCUCAGAGAGCAGCAAGGAGAGACCUGAGGAGAGUAUUAGCAAUGAAAUUGAGAACUUAAUAGAAGAAUCCACAAAACCAGCAACUGAGCAGAUUGCAGAAUUCAGUAUCCACCUUUUGGGAGAGCAAUUCAGUGAAGAGCUACAGGAUCCCUCCAACUUGCACCACCAGCAUCUUGUAGAGGAGUUUAUUUCAGAGGUUGAAAAUGCAUUUACUGGGUUACCAGGCUAUAAGGACAUUCGUGUACUUGCCUUUAGGUCCCCCAAGGAAAAUGGCAGCGGCAUAGAUGUUCACUAUGCAGUUACCUUCAAUGGUGAGGCCAUUGGCAAUACCACCUGGGACCUAAUUAGCCUUCAUUCCAACAAGGUGGAAAACCACGGUCUUGUGGAACUGGAUGAUAAGCCCACUGCCGUUUAUGCAAUUAGCAACUUCAGAGAUUAUAUUGCUGAGACACUGCAUCAGAAUUUUUUGCUGGGGAACUCUUCUUUGAAUCCAGAUCCUGACUCCCUUCAGCUUAUCAAUGUGAGAGGAGUUUUACUUCCUGAAACUGAAGACCAAGUUUGGAACACCCAAAGUUCAAGUCUUCAAUCAACCCCACCAUCCAUUCUGGAUAAUACCCUUCAAGCUGAAUGGCCCUCAGCAGAUGAAUCUACCACCAGCAGUAUUUCACCACUUGAUUUCAGCUCUGGUCCUCCCUCAACCACUGGCAGGGAACUCUGGUCAGAAAGCCUUUUGGGUGAUUUAGUAUCUACACCCAAAUUAGCCUUUCCCUCGAAGGUGGGCCUCAGUUCUUCCCCAGAGGUUUUAGACGUUAGCAGCUUGACUCUUCAUUCUGUCACCCCAGCAGUGCUUCAGAUUGGCUUGCCUGUGGUUUCUAAGGAAAGGACUUCUGGAUCUCACAUAUUAGAAGAUGGAUUAAUCAAAGUUGAAGGGUCAGAAGAUUUUCUUUCUGUUCAUCCAUUGCCUUCAGGUCCAUUCACUCACCCAGUGCCAAAGGAAACAAUACCAUCUGUGGAAGACUCUGGAGUACCUUCGACAUCCUCACCAUAUCUAGCCUCCUCUGUCAGUUUAGAUCUUCUUGCUAAAGAAAUAACUACACCUUUUGGCUUGGACUCUUUGGCCACCAAAGUCAAAGGCCAAUUAGAAGUGAGCACUUUUAUGCCAGACACAUCCAUAGAAAAAGAGUUUAUAUUUGAGAGUGGUUUAGGUUCAGGGUCUGGGCAAAAGGUAGAUCUGAUUACUUGGCCAUGGAGUGAGACUUCAUUAGAGAAGAGUUCUGAACCACUAUCUAAGUCAUGGCUUGAAGAUCAGGGGCCACUUUUGCCAACUGAGGGUAUAGAUGAGAAAUUAGUUAUAGAUGAGAAGAUAGAUUCUACAGAGCAAAGUAUUGGCCGUUUAACAUAUGGGCCUUUUGAUAGAUCCACAAACUUUGCAGAGGAAGAGCUCACUGGUGGACCUACUGUGCCCAUCUUUGCAGAGACCACAACUCAAUCUGCAUCUCUAAUUCUCUCCAAGCAAAUAUCAGAGGAACCUGACGUUGAUUAUUACUCAGUUACCAAAGCACCUCUUCUACUGACAUCUAUAGUAAUCUCCGCUUCUACUGAUGAGCCCAAUCUACCAUUUUUAAAGGAGGAUAUGGAACAAACCACAGAGUCAUCCAAACUUGAAUGGUUUGACAAAGAGGUUUCAGUAAUGAAGCCAGAUAUGCAACAUUUGGGGACCACAUUGCCAGAAUCAGAUGUAGUUUGGACAGGAACUUCUUUGCUAGGGAAAUUGUCCAGAGACACAUUGGCAAGUACACCACAGAGUACUGACAAGCUCUGGUUGAAAUCUUCCAUGACACAGUCUACGAAAUUGUCUCCAACCACAAGCUCCACCCUGCUAGAGGAUGAAGUAAUUAUGGGUGUUCAGGAUAUUUCAUUAGAACUGGACCGGAUAGGCACAGAUUACUAUCAGCCUGAGCUAAUCCCAGAGGAAGAUGGCAAGGUUGGUAGUUAUGUGGAAAUGUCUACAAAUGUUCACUCCACAGAGAGGGCUAUUGUGGCGCAGCCCACAGAAGGAGGUGACUUGAGUCAUACCCAGACUGCAGGAGCUUUGGUGGUUUUCUUCAGCCUCAGAGUGACAAACAUGAUGUUUUCGGAAGAUUUGUUUAAUAAAAACUCUUUGGAAUAUAAAGCACUGGAGCAAAGAUUUUUGGAACUGCUGGUUCCCUAUCUCCAGUCAAAUCUCUCAGGGUUCCAGAACUUAGAAAUUCUGAACUUUAGAAAUGGCAGUAUUGUGGUAAACAGCCGAAUGAAGUUCGCCAAGUCUGUCCCUCCUAAUGUCAACAAUGCUGUCUACAUGAUUCUGGAAGACUUCUGCACCACUGCCUACCAGACCAUGAACUUGGCUAUUGAUAAAUACUCCCUUGAUGUGGAAUCAGGUGAUCAAGCCAACCCAUGCAAAUUUCAGGCAUGCAAUGAAUUUUCUGAGUGUUUAGUCAACCCCUGGAGUGGAGAAGCAGAGUGCAGAUGCUUCCCUGGGUACCUGAGUGUGGAAGAACUACCCUGUCAGAGUCUCUGUGACCUACAGCCUGGUUUCUGCUUGAAUGAUGGAAAGUGUGACAUUAUGCCUGGACAUGGGGCCAUUUGUAGAUGCCGGGUAGGUGAGAACUGGUGGUACCGAGGUAAGCAUUGUGAGGAGUUUGUGUCUGAGCCGUUGGUCAUAGGCAUCACCAUUGCCACCGUGGUUGGACUUGUCCUCGUCUUUUCUGCUCUUGUCUUCUUCCUUGUCAGAACUCUUAAGGCUCAUUAUGUUAGAAGAGAAGCAGAGAGGCCCAUCAGGCAGCCUGACAGCCUCUCAUCCAUUGAAAAUGCUGUGAAGUACAACCCUGUCUAUGAAAGCCAUGUGGCCAGACCCGAGGAGUAUGAGGGACCCUAUCCUCAGAACCCCUUCUACAGCUCUGGAGGUGGAGAGAUGAUUGGUGGUCUGAGCAGGGAAGAAAUCAGGCAAAUGUAUGAGAACAGUGAGCUUUCCAGUGAGGAAAUUCAAGAAAGAAUGAGAAUUUUGGAACUCUAUGCCAGUGAUCCUGAGUUUGUAGCUUUUGUGAGAGAACAUCAAAUGGAAGAGCUUUAAGCAAAACUUCUAUUUUGAAACUGAUCAGAAGCCUAGAGAAGAUGGAGAUCACUUGCUACCUAUGUCAUAUAAUUAACCUGGAUUUUGACCUCUGUUGGAAGAAGGAUUUUCUACUUAAAAAACUAAAUUUGGGGACCAAACUUUUUUCCAGCUUAAAAUUUCAGAAUGUAGUAAGGGAUGUGACAGUUUUCAUACCUGCAAAAACCAAACCUGUAUUUAAAGAAACUGAAAACUGUAUGAAUCCUCAGAAGUAUUCUACAAGGGAAAGAAAUGGCUUAGGAGUUGGGGCUGCCUUCACUGUCUGCUUCUGAACCUCUGAAGGUGUGUCUCAGUGACUGUGGGCCAGGUUUCCCCGGAGGAAGAUAAGGCUAGAGACUCUUACAAGAGAAGGCGGGCUUAGGAAGUGACUAUUUUGUAGGAUGUUCUUGUUAAGGUGGAAUGAGAAGCCUUUCAAAUAGUUUUCGUAUAGCUUGUUGUCAGACAUUUAACUAAAUAAAAAAUAUUAAGUUUAUUUGGCAUUAAGACUGCUGAAGAAAAACGACCUUUUUGCUGUGGUAUAUAGAGUUAGGCUUGUACUUAAGUUUCUAUCAGAGGUUUGAAUUUCUUGAGCAUGUGAAUGAAGACCAUAUUAUUGUUAAGUAUGUCAGUAUCCUUUUUUUUUUUUUUUUUUUUUUAGUUGUUAAGGACAAUACAUUUGUAUAAUGCAUAAUGCUUAAUGGGCUCCUGUUAGACUACAGAUGAAUUUAAUCAUGUGGACAGGGAGGGAGUGGGCAUUGGGUCAAGGCCAUGGCACUGGGAAUAUACUUUGCCAAUUGAUGGGUGGACUGAGCUGCACUCAUGGGCUCCCGACUCUUCUGUUAUCUCAUGUUGUCCUAGGCAAGUCCUGGAUCUUCUCUAGGUCCUGGUGUAUUAAUUUGGAAAGCAGCACUUAACUACCUCACAUAGUAUAGGUUAGUUUGUUUACAUUGCUUCUUCUUUACGUAAUAGCUGGCGUCUAAAUUCAAUUCAUUCCUGCUUACAUGAAACAUGACAGGACUUUUGUUGCAAUUUAAAAAAUUCUAAAAUUAUAUAGGUAGCAAAUGUCCACAUCUUAUAUAAAUUUUAAUUGAAAAUAGAAGUUUUCCUCUUUCUCUUUAGUAUGUUCUCUAAUGGGUAGCUUUGGAGAGGGCAAGGAGAGGGCCAAAUAAUCCUCACUGUUAAUAGCAAAUUGCAUACACAGAUAGCUUACUACUGAUAUUUUAUGUCAGAUGUCUUCAUGUUUGCCAAAAACCAUCUUGAACAUUUUGAUUUCUUUCUGACCAGCUAUAACCAGGAUAGAUUCACUAUAAGAUAAAAAACUUGGUUCACUUAUUUAUUUUUCUUAACUUGAUCAUUGCCAAUGUCACUCAUUAUGGGGCACUCAAAACUAAAUCUCUGAGUAUAAGCUGUGGAGAGCCUCGAAGAUAUCCAGGUAGUUUGCAAAGCAUGUAGGGUGGGUGUUUGUUUGAAGGUUCCCAUGUCUCAGUGUUCCUUUUCAUUUGCUAUUCACUUAAUGGCUUUUCUACAAGUUCAGCAUAGAUAUAAUGCUGCUGCUCUGGGACAUUUUCUACUGGGCUCAUUUUAAAGGAAUUGAUAAUGAUCUUUAAAGCAUGAUAAAUGUUAAUGACAUUUGCCACUACUGAAUGCUUAAUUUUAUUUGUAAAGCUUCCAGAGAUUUGUUUAACUUUUUUCUGUGUUAAACUUUUUUUUCUAAACUUAUAUGUGUUAAGUGAAAAGAAAAUUUGUUUUUAUCACACAUUAGCCCUACAACGCAAACCAUUUGAAUGUCUGCUUGCUGGGAGAGUUCCAGAUGGGAGUAAAAGGAGUGUGGGGGCACGUCACCGCAUGAAGCAGUUAGGAGAAGGACAAACGAAAAGAGCUAAAGAGGGAUUGUUGUUUCCAGAAGCCAAGCAGUCAAGUGGGAGUUUAAGAAUUCGGACACGUCUCUGUCUCUGAUUCCCUUUCAUAUGACCUUUUCAUGCAAGAGCAUCAUUCAGCUCUGCGUGAAUGUCUGCUCCACACCUACUAAAUGGGACAAUAAGGAAACUCCCACACUCCCAGGGAGAGACUUGGAGGCCUCAGACCAGGAGUAAAAAAAAAACGUUUGCCCUACUCUUGCUGUAGCUGCACCACAGUGGGAAAGAUCAGAGUGCAGUUUCCACGGUGGAGAUCCAGAGGGCUAAAGGAGCUAUCGCUCUGGCAGGGCAGGGUACACAGGAAGAGCUUCUUUUAAAAAGAGCUUUCCUUGAGGCAAUUUAAUGGUGUAUAGUCAUUUAAAAAUAUAAGAGCUAUACUCUCCUUUAGGUCGUGUGAUUGAGGAAUGCAAACUUGUGAUUAUUAGAGCACUCUCAUUAACCUACUAAUACAGUAAUUAAUAAAAAUAUCACCUUAUUUGGAAACAAUAAAAUGCAGUUAAGCACUAAAAGUACAUGGUGAAUAACACACACUUUUUUUUUUGAUUCAUAAAGUGCUUUGGAGUCUUGUACAUGUAAGCCUUUAUAAUUGAGUGUACAUUACACAGUUUCUAUUUUCAUGGGUCUGGAUGAAGGGGGGAUUUUUUUUUUUUAUUCAUGAGAGACACACAGAGAGAGGCAGAGACAUAGGCAGAGGGAGAAGCAGACUCCUUGUAGGGAACCCCAUGCAGGAAGGACUUGAUCCCAGGACCCCAGGAUCACGACCUGAGCUGAAGGCAGAUGCUCAACCACUGAGCCACCUAGGCGUCCCAAUUUAUUUGAGUCUUACUUAAGACUCCAUUUCUACCAUGGCAAUGUUUUAAGGGUAUUUGUUCACAUUUAUGUGCCCUAAAGUCCUAUUUACUAUUUACCUGAUUUUAUCCCCACUUCGUUUUUUUCUUCUCCAGUAUCUAGUUACUAUGGGUUCGCUGCUCCUUUUCCUUCCCCUUUGUAACCAUGUAGUGAAUUAUAAUGUAGUCAAACAACCUGGCUUAAUAGUACUUCUGACAAAAAGAUGGAAACUGCACAAAUGUUUUUUGUAGGCUCUAAAAAUAUGUUGGCUGGUUUAGUUAUCCAUUUGUAUGCUUGUUUCAUGAGUUUGCCUUCCAUUUCAUGAUUUUUAGGCAGCUGGUAUCAUUGCAUCAUUUCCAUAUUUUCAAUAAUGGAUACUCUGACAUCUAUCAGUCUGUGAAUUGCAUUUUUAUUUUGAGUUUGGAAGAAAAGGCAACAUAUUUAUUCCUUAAGGAAAUAGCUGAUUUACAAGAAUAACUUAUCUUUAUUAAAUUGAGAUGUUUUAACCAAGACAAAUAUGGGUCAAUUUUUUUUUUCUUUCUAAAGUGUCUCUAACAAUUCCCUGUAGGAAUGGGUGGGACCAGCCUUCCUCAUUUACAAUCCAGCUGUGAUGAGUAAUGGAGCCUAGCUCAUUCUAUUCCCUAGUGUGUAAUGAAUGGCAGAAAAACAGUGUGAAAGGCGCAAUCCUCGAGUCAAUUGUGUUGUGUUACACAGAUCCUGGCUGGAGGUGGCAAGGUGGGAGGGUACCAGAAAGUAAGUGAUGAUGUAAAGAAUCUGCCUGGAGGUUUUCUUUUUUUGACUAAUGCAAUUUAUUAAAUCUUACACUACUAUGAGUUAAUAAGAUGCAGGUCAAACCACUCUCCUCAGGGUAGUUAAAUAUAGAUUAAGACACUAAUCUCCACGUGGAAUUUAUAGCUAGAACCUCGAUUAAAUGAUCCUCCUUCUGGCUUUUCUUUUUCUCACUUAAAUGUAAUGAUUUCUUUAGAUAUUAGGGCUAUAAAUAGGAAAAAAGUAAACAUGAUAUUAGAGACUAAAGACAUAACUAUUAUUGUGUCAGGAUUAUGAUGAUUCUGGAGGGAUAUGCCAUAAUAUAGUUUCAGUAUGGAGUAUGGAUAAGGCAAGAUUCUUCUUUUUCAUCUUGUUUAUGACAUUUUAUCUAGUAGAUCAGGUAAGUUCAUGUUACUGUAAUGCUUUCUUGAAAUGCUCUAGUCUUAAUGUUCACUAAUCAGAAAUAAAAAAUUAAAAA